AUGAGCUCCUCUGACUCGGAAAAUGUUUACGCAAGUUCCAGCGAAGGAGAGGAGGAGACUCCGUCUGUCUCCAGGGGGGGCGGCGGCGGCAAGCGAGCCAAGAAGACAAUUGAAGAGCGCUAUCAGAAGAAGUCGCAGCUGGAGCAUAUCUUGCUGCGCCCCGAUUCAUACAUCGGCAGCACAGAGAUAAGCGCACAGCAGGUGUGGGUGAUGCCUGAGGGGGAGCUUCGCAUGCAGCAGCGAGUAAUAUCUUUCCCUCCGGGGCUGUACAAGAUUGUAGAUGAAAUCCUUGUUAAUGCAGCAGACGUAAAAGCUAGAGAAACAGAAGGCGCAGGGGCGCCCAGAGCGAAGAUGACAGCCAUUAAAGUCAGCGUAGAUCAAGCACAAGGAUACAUCCGAGUAUGGAACGACGGAGAAGGUAUCCCCGUGGCAAUUCACAAGGAACAUAAGGUGUACGUGGCUGAACUGAUCUUCGGCCAGCUGCUAACUAGCGACAACUACGACGACACUGAGGCGCGCGUCACAGGAGGCCGCAACGGCUUCGGAGCGAAGCUCACCAACAUUUUUUCAUCUCAUUUUGAAGUUGAAUGUGCAGACAGCAAACGCAAACAGAAGAUAAAAGUUGUAUGGACAGACAACAUGAGCAAGCAAGAGCCUCCAGUUAUAACGCCUUUCAAUGGAGCUGGCGACUUCGUCUCUGUGAAAUUCAAACCGGAUCUCCGCCGUUUCGGGAUGUCUGCGCUUGAUGACGACCUGGUCUCGCUGCUGCGCAAGCGAUGCUUCGACUUGGCAGGAACUGCAGGGACAGCGGUAUAUUGGAACGGGACGCGGCUGCCAGUGCGGAGUUUCGUGGAUUAUGUGGACUUGUACUUAGGGGAGGGGGCAGGGAAAAAGCGGGGCAAGGGCAAAGAGAAAGGCAAAAAAAAGAGCAAAAAGAAAGGAUCUGACGAUGACAGCAGCGACGACUCCGAGGCAGAGGAAGGGGAGAAAGAAAAUGGAACAGAACCAAAAGAAGACGAAGACAAAGAAAAUGAAACGCCACCCGAAAAACAAAUCAUAAAGAUACACGAGAAAAUGCACCGAUGGGAAGUUGUCAUCAGCCAAACAGACGGCAGCUCGUUUUCCCAGGUGUCAUUCGUUAACAGCAUCUGCACGACGAAGGGCGGCCACCACGUGACCCACGUCAUCGAACCUCUUUUGGCGGCGCUGGUGAAGAAGGCAAACGCCAAAAACAAAGGAGGCAUGGAGAUUAAAGCGCCCCACGUCAAGCAACACCUGUGGGUGUUCGUUAAGUGCCUCAUUGAGAACCCCGCGUUCGAUUCCCAGACUAAGGAAACUUUGACCACCACAGUUUCCCGUUUCGGCAGCAAAUGCACUCUCUCGGAGAGGACAAUUAACGCUGUCGCCAAAUCUCCCAUCUUGGAGGGAGUGCUCUUAUGGGCGCAAACGAAGGCGCAGGUCGAACUGAGACGGCAAAUGUCCGUGGGAAAGACCAAGGGCAGAGAACGGUUGACAGGCAUCUCCAAGCUGGAGGAUGCAAACGAAGCGGGCGGCCGCUAUGCCCAGGAAUGCACGCUGAUCUUGACUGAAGGUGACAGUGCCAAAACGUCUUGCCUUGCGGGGCUGUCCGUUGUGGGGCGGGAGAAGUACGGCGUGUUUCCUUUGAGGGGAAAGCUUCUGAACGUGCGGGAAGCAUCGUUCAAGCAGUUGAAAGAAAACCGCGAAAUCCAAAACAUAUUGAGAAUCUUAGGGCUUCAGAUUAACGACAAAGUGCAAGACACACGGGGUCUGCGCUAUGGUUCAUUGAUGAUUAUGACGGAUCAAGACUACGAUGGAUCGCACAUUAAGGGGCUGUUGAUCAAUAUGCUGCAUCACUACUGGCCUCAGUUGCUGCAAUGCAACCAUUUUUUGACGGAGUUCGUAACUCCUAUUGUCAAAGUUUCAAAGGGAUCCGUUGAAAAGGCAUUUUUCACCCUUGUCGAAUACGACAUGUGGAGGAAGCAACAGGGCAAUCUUGCCGGCUGGAAAAUAAAGUACUACAAAGGUCUGGGUACCUCGACAGAUAGGGAGUUCAAGGAUUAUUUUCAGGCUCUUGAUAAACACCGAAUCAGGUUCCGAUGGACAGGCGAGUUAACCCUUGCAAUGUGUAUCAGCUGGUUGUUCCUUAACCCCUUUGUUGCGUGCUUUCUGUCCGUAGCAGGCAGUGGUGAUGGGGAGCUGAUUGACAUGGCGUUUAGCAAGAAGCGGGCAGAAGACAGAAAGCGCUGGCUGCAGGGCUACAGAGAAGGAACAUUCGUUGACCAUUCUAUGCGAGAACUGACAUUUUCUGAUUUCGUAAAUAAGGAGCUGGUUCAGUUUUCGCGAUACGACAAUGAACGUUCUAUUCCACAACUUGUAGACGGAUGGAAAGUCGGGCAACGCAAAGUGCUGUUUGCAGUCUUCAAAAAAAACACGAAGGCCGAGAUGAAAGUUGCACAGCUUUCGGGCUACGUAGCGGAGCAGAGUGCCUACCACCACGGCGAGCAGUCUUUGCAGCAAACCAUUAUCACCAUGGCUCAGCGGUUCGUAGGCAGCAACAACCUUAACUUCCUUGAGCCCGUAGGACAGUUUGGCUCUCGGAAGGAAGGAGGAAAAGAUGCCUCCGCCCCCCGUUACAUCUUUACCAAGCUUGCGCCGUACACCCGGCUUGUCUUCCCUGAGGCAGAUGACCCCCUACUCGAAUACCUUUAUGAAGAGGGACAGAAAAUUGAACCCAAGUAUUAUGUACCGGUCAUCCCAACUAUACUUGUCAAUGGCAGUGAAGGAAUCGGCACAGGAUGGUCUUCGUUUAUUCCCAACUUCAAUCCUAGAGACAUCAUUGCCAACCUAAAAAGAUUCAUUGCGGGGGAAGAAAUGGUUCGAAUGAAGCCCUGGUACAGGGGAUUCAAAGGCCUUAUUGAGGAAAACGCAACUAAGACGGCAUUUGAGACCAUAGGCCUUAUCGAGAAAACAGGGGAAGAUGUUGUGGAGAUAAGCGAGCUUCCGAUCAAACGGUGGACACAGGACUACAAAGAGUGGCUUGAAGAGCAGCUCCCAACUCCCGACAAGAAAGACCCCUGGAUAUCAGACUACAGAGACAGCAGCAGCCACGAAGAUAUCAAAUUUGUUGUCAAGCUUUCAGCAGAAAAGCUUGAAGGCGCUGAUAACGAAGCUUUGGUGAAACUCUUCCGCCUCAAGUCUUCUCUAAGCACACAAAACUAUCACCUUUUCAACGCUGAGGGGAAGGUUCAGAAGUACGCUGAUGAGCUGGAGAUCAUGAAAGACUUUGCUGCCAUUCGUUUGACCUUCUACGAGAAACGUAAGGCGUAUCUCAUCGCCGUGUCGGAGAAGGAGAAAUCUAUUCUGCACAACAGAGUCCGCUUCAUCACAUCUGUCCUUUCGGGAGAGUUGGUUGUGAGCAACAAACGACGCCAAGCCUUGAUAGAAGAACUAUUCGUCAAGGGGUAUGACCCAAUGCGCGAGUUGGAGAAGAGAUGCGCAAACCUUAUUGAGAGCAUUUUGAACCGCCAGACACCUCAGGAACAUGGAUUAUCUGACAAAGAAAGCGUCGACGAAGAAGCGCCGUCCGCCUGCGGAUGUGUCGGCGCGGACUUUGACUACCUCGCCGGAAUGCCGAUGUGGAGUCUAACAGCUGAAAGGGUGGAGGAGUUGAAGCGACAACUCCGCGAUAAGGAAGUGGAAUUGGAGAGUCUGCGGCAAACAGAUAUUCGGACUCUGUGGCUUAAGGACUUGGAUGCUCUUUUAGAAGCUAUAGAGAAACAGGACGCGGCUGACAUGAAGCAAAGAGAAGCAGACUUGGCCUUCCACAGGCAGAUGGAAAGCAAGAAAGGUCUUAAGGGCUUCUCUGCUCUUAAGGGAAAAGCCAAAGGCGCCAAAGGAGGCGUCCCCAAAGCAGCGCCUAAAGUGGGGAGUGCCAAGUCGACAUCUAAGGCUCGCAAGAAGGCACAUUCCAGCUCAGAAGAGGAGUCCGUGAGCUCGUCAGCGGAUAGCGACGAAUCAUCCGAAGAAAUGAGUUUUGCGGACGAUUCAUCUGAAGAGGAUCGGCCUUCAAAGAAGCGUCCAAGACCUGCACAAAAGAAAACAAACGGAGUGAAGCCCCUCGAGGAGCCCUCUAGCGCUUCACAUCCCACCUCGGCCAGCACGGAUGCACAAGGAUUGCCGCCUUUCUUUGCAUCACAGGAAACCCCCAAGUUAUCAGCGGACAAGGAAGAAAAACCUGCAGAACCUCCAAAGGCACCACCUAUCCAGUCACUCUCCCUCCUCGACCGCCUAAGACUUGGGGGAAGCAGCUCCUUUUCUUCAUUAGCUCCUGUCCGCACCAAGCAACUCACCCUGGACGAGAUCUUUGCUCCCGCCACUAGCACCACUGCUAAGCCCUCUGACGCGCCAGCGCCUGCACAGGCUGCCGCCUCGAAGACGACAGAAGCUUCAAAAGGGUCUGCAGUGCCAACGAGCGCAGCGACUGAUUCUGCCGACCAUUCUACAGAGUCCGCAAUCACGAGAACACCCCCUAAACCCAAACGGCGGAGAGUGUUGGUGGAUUCUGAUGAUUCAGAUUCAGUGACAAGGUCUGCCAACAGAUCCAAGGCCUCCACGCCGAAGCGAUCAGCUCCAUCGACACCACAGAAGCCCAAGCCUCGUGGAACGCCAAAAAAACGCAAAGCCAAAAGCGACGAUGACGAAUCAGACUCAUCCAAGGGUGGAGAUUUGGGUGUAGAAGAAUCUCCCAUUGCUUCAAAUAGGCCUCGCCGAGCAGCGGCUCAAGCGCCCAAGAAGUACACUGUCGACUCCUCGGAGUCGAGUGAGGGGGAAAGCGAUGCUUCUGAAGAGGCUUCUGAAGAGUCUUCAGAAGCGGAAAUCAUUUCUGAAGAGGACGAUUAG